AGCCUACUAUUUGCUUAUAAAACAAGCUGCUGAAAUGAAAGCUAAUCUCUCUUUCUUCUUAAUUAAUUAUCCUCUCAACAAUUUAUUUAGGGUUAAGGUAUUUUCUUCAGCCAAGAAUCACAAAGAAGCUAGAAGUGUUCUUAACUCUAUUGAAAGAAGGCCAAGAAAUUAGGGAAAAUGGGAAGAGGAAAGAUUGUGAUUGAAAGAAUUGAUAAUUCUACUAGUAGACAAGUGACUUUUUCAAAGAGAAGAAAGGGAUUGCUGAAGAAAUCUAAAGAACUCGCCAUUCUUUGUGAUGCUGAAGUUGGAGUUAUCAUUUUCUCAAGCACUUCAAAGCUUUAUGAGUAUUCAAGCUCAAGUAUGAAAUCAGUGAUUGAAAGAUACAACAAAGCAAAGCAAGAGCAACAUCCCCUGAACUCAGACUCAGAACUGAAGUUUUGGCGGCAGGAGGCAGAAAUUACAAGGCAACAGCUGCAAGACAUGCAUGAAAGUUACCGGCAACUCAUGGGACAUAAGCUUUCCGGUUUAAGCAUAGAGGAUCUGCAAUCCUUAGAAGAACAACUUGAAACAAGUCUACGAGGUGUCCGCAUGAAGAAGGAACAUAUACUUGCAAAUGAGAUACAAGAGCUUAGUCACAAGGGGACUAUAAUUCAGCAAGAAAACAUGGAACUAUGCGAGAAGGUAACCCUCAUGCGUCAAGAAAACAUGGAGUUAUAUAAGAAGCUCUACAGUAAUGGAAUGAUGAAUGAGAUUUCCAACAAUAAUUCCUUAAUGCCAAAUGGUUUUAGCACAAGUGAGGAACCACAAGAGCUUGUACAUCUUAGAUUAAGCAAUCCUGAAAGGCAAAGAAAUCAGGCAACAACAUUGGGAGCAGCAACAACAUUGGGCAGAUUAUGAUUGCAUUAAGGAGUGCGUGAAUCGAGAAGAGUGGUUGAGGUUUAUAUUAUGGCGGCCAUGGACAAGUUUUCUCCAGUAGAGAAGAGAGUAUUGCAUGGAGCUAGUGAGAUUAUUGCACAUAUAAUUUAUAAUGGUUUGGUAAUGUUGGUGGACCAGCUAAAUGGACGAAAGCUAACAAUAUUGUAAAAACUUCAUCGUAAUUGGGGGGUAGGUUAAUCACUAAGAUUUGUGAAUAGGGUCAUAAGUUAGAGGCAUUUCGUAUAAUUUUCUUGAUCAAAACAACAGGUGUGUAUCAAGAGAUAUGAAACACUGGUCUUUUUUAGUAAAAUAUUUGUGAUGUGCAAUGUUUACGAAAGGUGCAAAGAGGAAAUAUGAGCUUUGUCUAAUUUCAAUCGAGUGGAACAAUCAUUCUUCCA